UUGCCCCAAGCAUUGGGUCGAGGCUAGCGGUAAGGUGCAGAGAGAUGUUGGUGCAAAUCCCUAGCAUUUCGGACGCCGUCGACGACCGCGGACGCCUCUACAAGGUGUUCAAUAUCUACAUCGGAGGACACUACCACUGCUCCCUGCGGUACUCCCAUCUCCUCCACUUCAGCCAAGAGCUGGGGAGGAACUUUGACACAUCCGGACUUGAUGAGUUUCCUACCAAAAGAGUGUUCUCACUCACAGCGGCCCAGCUGGAUGAGAGGAGAGCUGGGCUAGAGAGGUACCUUCACUCUGUCUGUCAGGACAGGGUUAUUCAGCAAAGUGACAUGCUGAAAGAGUUUCUCGUGGCAGCUCAAAAGGCAUCCAGUGGGGUCACUGAUGAAGAUGUUUCCAUGGAGAUAUUCCUGAUCAACGGGAACUCUGUGACAAUCUCAGGACAGUCUUUCUCACGAUCUGAUGAAGUUUUAGAGAGAGCAGUUGUGAAGAUAGGAGCGGAUCCUUCGCUGACUUACUACUUCUCUCUCUUCCUGGAGGAGGAGACUGGAGACGGCUGGACAUUGUACCGUCAUCUACAGGACCAUGAAGCUCCAUUUGUCUCUCUCAAGACCGUCAAUUCCAACGGCUCCUUCAGGAUCACAGUCAGAAUGAGGUCAGUGAGGGGUGUGGCUGGUGGGUGUGGUUUAAAUGCUCCACCCACUCAGUUUCUGGGGGCCUGAGAUGGUGUCUGGAGUGCUAGCUGACGAGGCUGCCACUAACAUGCUCUAUAUUGAAACCAUAGACCACAUCACC